UUUCUUAACUGCAAUAACACUCGCAUCUCACAGCAACUGGGGGGGGGGACGCUGACCACACCUCCAAUUUUGAAUUCCGGGGACAGCAACCAGGAAAAUCUAAACAACUCUGCGAGGCUUGUGGAAAUGAUUAACAACCAAGACAUUUGAAGCAUCCUGCUCCUGCAGCACUAAGAUGUGCGGCGAACGUGGAGCGCUUCACAGAUGUACCAGUUAAAUUUCCAAUAUCGCUGUUUCUGCUGAAUUGCAGGCAAGGUGGGGACAUUGGUUGAUGGGUUCAUUCUCUGAUCAUCUGCGGAGGGAACAAAUGCCUUUUUCAGGACCUGUUUUACGAUAUCUCUUUUGGAUAUACAAAUGGCUUCUAGUUUGAGGAGUGCGUAUAACUAUUUCUGCAUCUUGAAUUUCAGCGGAGAGGACUCUGCUGUCGGAUUGACGUCUCUGGUAUGGAUAGGUGUAGGCGCGACAGGAUGUCCUUUUCAGAGGAAUGGCAAGACACCUGUCUUUAACGGAAUGGUCACGAAGUGUUUGAUGUCAAUAGGAAUGGUUUUAAUGCUAUUGCAUCCAGCCCUGUCCGCAGAGGAUCAAGGGAAUUAUGAAGCCUCAGCUUAUUCAGAACUUCCACAGGAUGCAGUGGCUACAGUAGGGUCUUCACAUUUGUUAGCGAAAAUUCUACUGGCAGAAGAGGAGUCUAUUUCGAUCAUUAACACAGAUCCACCUGGAUCAGCAGGAAGCACAAUAGACGCCAUAUCAAGUGACAGUCCUACAUUCCAGUCAAUACUGACUCUGUUAACUAGCUCAAAAACUUUAAAAAAACAGAGGACACUGUUGCAAUCUAAAGCUUCCCCUAUAAUCUCAAACCGCAGAAACCGAACGAUUAGGUGGCCUUCAGAGAUAUCAGCAAGAGAAACAGAACCUUCAUCUUCAGGACCUGCGGUUACCAGCUUCUCUCCUGAGCCAGAGGAAAUAACAGCUGACAAUUUGUCUUCGGCACCACUGUCCACAUUCUUUUCAACGGAGAGGGGUGGAGAACUGCCCCUUGAGAGUACCAGCGUGCCUCCAGCAGCAUCGACAGCCCCCAUUGCAAUCAGUAACGCCACACUCCACGUUGUUGAGACCACGUCUACACAGGUGGCGCCCACGAGCCUCACUCGCACAACACAAGAAACAGUUAUAAGUGGGACUCCUACGCACACUCCCAUGAGCACUGUGGCCUCCAGCACUGGUGCAGUCAGCACAACACAACCAAUAACAUCAUCCACUCCACUUAGCACCCCUCAGCCGUCAGUGACUUCAAGGGGAACAUCUGUCACUGCAGAGAUCAUGAAAACCUCCUCUUCUCCGUCCAUAACAAUAACGUCACCCUUGACGUCCAAGGUUACCAUCACCUCUCAGACGUCAACGUUUACUACGUCUGGGCCAAAUAGACCUGGUCCUGCCACUACCCCUACAGGAAUGCCUACAUUGCAGUGUAACACUACAGAGAGAAUCUGGGUGAAAACAGUGUUGUCCUUAAACAUAAGAAGAUACAAAGUGGAUGGUAUGCUUAAACAGAACCUGACAAAAGGACUCACACAGGCACUUCAGGAGGCCUUCAACAGCAGUGGUGUGCACGCUCAGAUUGAAAACCUGACCAGCAGUACGAAUGUCACUGUUGGUUACUACGCUGCAAGUGGCAGCACUGUCUACAUUGCAUCUGUUGUUGUCAGUGCUCUGAAUGCUUAUGGGAUCGACAGGAUGAUGACUGAUAUUAAGCAGUACGUGGCUGAGGUCCAGUCCAUUCCCAUUCCUGCUGCUCCCUGGAUUCCCAGCCCUGCUAUUUCUUUGCAGCUCAAAACAGUCCUCAGGUUCGUAGGCCCCACAGACAAUAUAAAUUCCUGCAGUUUCGUUCAGACUAUGGAGCAGCGAUUGCAGAAUGCGUUCGCAGAAGCCGAGUCCAAAGUGUUGAAUUCUCACAGCCACCUCUCUGUUCAGAUCUUAAGCACAACUCAGUCAGCUGGAUCUCCUGCUGUCUCUCUGAUCUAUGUGGUAAGGAACCAGAGUGUGGUUUUGAACGGAACCAUUUCCAGCAACCUUCUCAAUCAGCUCACUGCAGAACUGGUGGGGUAUUACCUGUUCUUCCCACCUCUGAUUAUCGCUGAACCAUUAGAGUACCACAAUCUCAAUACUUCCCAGUCGACAAGGGACUACUGGGUGAUAACAGUCAUUCAGGAUGUUGACAACUCCUCUCUGGAGGGGAAUUAUCAGAGCUUUGCCAGUCUAAUGGAGCAGCGCUUGGCAGAGCUGUUCGUGAUCGCUGGGCAGCAGGGAAGGAGAUUCAGGAGAGCCACUACUGUGGGGAGCUACACUGUCCAGAUGGUCAACAUAAAGCGAAUCCCAGGUCCAAAGAACCCAGCUGAGUUGAUCUACUAUGUUCUGUGGAAUGGCUCCCCUUUGCUUGGAACCUCAGCCGCCAAAAUUCUGAAUACAGUGGACUCCCAGACCAUGGCGUUAACUCUGGGUUACUUCGUGCAGCUCCAGGCUGAACCUGUGGUAAAGAACCCACCAAACAACUUGUGGAUCAUAGCUGCGGUCCUUGCUCCUAUUGCAGUAGUCACCAUCAUCAUCAUCAUCAUCACCGCUGUCCUCUGCAGAAAGAACAAGAACGAUUUCAAGGCCGAUACGAUGGGGAACAUGCACCCACGUGCCAAGCCAGUGCAGGGGUUCGAUUAUGCAAAGCAACAUCUCGGGCAGCAAGGUGGCGAAGAGGAAGCACUUCCUGUGACCCAGGAAACAGUGGUGUUGCCUCUGCCAGUCAGGGAUGCACCCCUGUCCCAGGAAAGAGGGAUCUCACACGAUGGAAGCACCACGAAAAAGACCCUGUCCAGUGACAUGCGGAAGAGCAGGCUGCCUAGUGAAGAUGGCUCUCUCAUCAGUAACGAAUCAGGAAAGCUCAACUCCAGUAGAGGCUCUGUACUGAAAGUAACAGCACAGCAGAAAAUGACAAAAGAGGAGGCAAAAAAAAGGAACGCACCAAUUAGUGAUGAAGAGGAGGGUGGAGUUCUCUUUGACCGAGUGUCCAGGUCUUCGGCAGAUCCCUUUGACACAUCCUCUGGAUCACUGCAGCUCAUCUCCAUCAAACCCUUGGCUGCACCUCCGAGCUACUCUCACCCUGCCUCUGAUAGGAGCCAGGACUCCGCAGUGAUCAAUGGAGAGGUUAGCAUGGCUUUAAAGCAGAAAUCUGACAUUGAGCACUACAGGAACAAAUUGCGUCUCAAGGCUAAGCGGAAGGGAUACUAUGACUUCCCUGUAAUAGAAGGCAACAGCAAGCCCCUUACUCACAGGCAGAAGCAGGAGUAUGAAAAAGCACAAAUAGAACUCAACAAAGUCUUAAACCCUGAUGAAGAAAUAGCCUCCACAUACGUUAAAUCAAGGAACAGACAAUCACAAAUGAAGAACCCAUACAGGAGCAGGCAGUCGCUGAACAGCCCCAGUCCGGGAGGGACUGAGAUGGACCUUCUCGUGACGAGAGAGAGGCCCAGAAGAGGGAUUCGGAACAGUGGAUAUGACACCGAACCAGAGCUGAUUGAAGAGACCAACGUGGACCGCAUUGCUGGGCCCAGAAGCUACACCCGAGGUCGACAGGUCAAAGGUCACUCAGAGACUUCCACCCUCAGUUCCCAGCCUUCCAUUGACGAAGUGCGCCAGCAAAUGCACUUGCUGCUAGAGGAGGCAUUCAGCCUGGUCUCUGCUGGCCAUGUGACGAACAGCCGGCACCAGGGACAUUACAAUCCCGGGCAGCAGAUCCCGUACUCUGAUGUGGUGACCAGUGCUCCUGGAACCAUGAACAGGCCCAGUGGUGUCCAGUGGGUGCCUGCCUAUGGCUCAGACAUGUACCAGUACAGUCUGCCAAGACCUGCCUUCAGGUUCACUCAGCUUCCUGACAUGGCUGUGGGCUCCCCACCUCCUCCUGUGCCCCCCAGGACUGGGCCUACAGCUGUGACAUCCCUGCGACGAUCUUCAUCAGACAUUGAAUCAAAAACAAGAACUUCAGAAUCGUCCAUCCCUGAGCAGCAGAGUCAGCACGAUACUGCCCCCUAUGUGCCAAUCACACGAGCACCGAUCUCUUCAGCUUCUGUGGAGCAGCCCAUCUCUAAUUUCUCAGGUAACCCAGCACCAGCAGUCUAUGCCAUACCAGCAAACAGGCCCGGAUACACAGGCUACUUUAUCCCUACCCCUUCCGCUCCGUACAGGACCCAAGCUUGGAUGCCAUACCCUUCUGAAGGAGAUGUGCCAAAUCAGUGGGCUGAAUCUGUUCCCCUUCCAGGCUAUGUGGAGGCCUAUCCCCACUCCCGUUACCACCAAAACAGUCCUCCGCGACACCCCCGGCACUACAGCCAGGCCUCCCCCGUGCAUGCUUCCCUGGAGCAGCCCCCCACGCCGUCCACUGCGGCCUCCCAGCAGAGCCUGACGGAGAACGACACUUCGGACACCUCGCUCACCAACAUCUCUACCGCCGCGCUGGUCAAGGCCAUAAGAGAGGAGGUGGCCAAGCUGGCCAAGAAGCAGACGGAUAUGUUUGAGUUCCAGGUCUAGCGGGCCUCGGCGCCUGUAGCAGUAGUUCUUUUUUUUUUCCCCACUGCAGGGACGUGCAGGGAAGAAGUGGAGGCCAUACCUUAUUUCAGCGCUUUGCACUCAUAGUUCCUUCCAUCGACUUCCGAAAAGUCACUCGUUCAGCCGUCCUGAUUCGCUGACACCGAUGACUGUAGUGACCGCUGAUUACUUGUCUUUUAUAUGUGAGGGCUUGCCUUUUUUAUCGAUGAAAUGUAAAAAGUCAUUAUCUUGUCAGUAUUGGGGAAUUCUGUUUUUGAGUUGUGGGUUUUCAUUAAAAAAACAACCGAAAAGUCAAGACGCUAAAUAUGAGUAAAAUGGUCUUCAUCCACAAAACCAUCCCUGUGAAACCAGAAGCAGUUUAUAAAUGCUGCACCUAAUUAACUUAAUCAUUAGAUUUGGGGCCACAGGAUUAUAUUCUAACUAUAUUCUAUCUGUGCUGUGGGGGAUCCAGAUGCACAUUUUGGCAACAUCCUAUAAUGUGAAUUUUUUGAAGCAUUUGUUUUUUUUUUAUAAAAAGGGAAGAAAAGUUGAUGUUAGAAAUAGUGUUAAAAUAAGUCCUGUACAUUGUUUGUAAAUUCAGAAGACCACAUAUUACAACAAUAUGUAAUAUGUCAUAUAAAUACAUAUAAAUAAAACAUAGGUGUAAUAAAUUGAUAUGCAGCUAUAUGAGCGAUGCAAUGAAUCCAGGACUUGCUGCACUUUAACAGUUCAUGAAUCAACAGUUAAUUAAAAUUCUUCACUGUGUCUUGCCAUAGAACUCCAUCAAUAAUAAAUUAUUUUCCAAGACCCUCAAAAAUAUAAACAUUUGGAGGGAUUUUGGUUGUUUACACACUGUUGGGGGAAGUACUCAUAGUCCGAAUGAAUAUUUAUGGUGAAACUGAUGGAAAAAACAAACCAGUCUCCUUGCAUCAAGAGAAUUCAAGGGCCUGAGAAGUCAGGUGAUCUCGAUCCUGGCGAACAUGUCUAGGAUGCUCUUGGAAGAUGUGAUGUGUCAUUUCUGGGACAAUUUCUCAUCUAGUCGCUUACUCUGAGUGACGAACAUUGCAGGAAUCAGGAAACUAACUCCCUUAUUGUGUGCAUGCCUUGUUGUUGUGUGACUUGUAUGCACUUACCAAAUUCUUUACUGAGCAAAGUAAACAAUCCUCUUCUGUCAAAACAGGGACAGUUUCACAUUUUAUGUUUUUUAGGUGUGCAGCUGUACAGAUAUGGCUAUUCUCCUCAAGUGUUGAUAUCUGCUUUCCAGUUUUGUUCCCGUGUCAACAUGUUACACACAGUUUUAUUGGUUUUACUUAAAUGUAGGAGGCUCUUUAAUAUUUUUGAUAUGUAUGCUAUAAAGAGCACUUGUAAUUUUAACAUUUUAUACAUGAGGAAACUCAAGACAUAACAUCUAUUCCAAAAUUCAUGAUACUUAGUUGUCAGUUUUGUGGAUAUUGAGUAAUUUCUUAUAAAAUACAUUUACUGUUGGUGCAUCAUUUUGUACAUUAAUUUUGAAUUUUAAGGAAUAUUUGGCAAGCCUGAAGGGAUAAAGAAAGGCCUUUUGAAAUAACAAUCUUUCCACAAAUUAAAAACUGGAACAUUUAAAUACACUUGAAAAUUCAAAAAAUCUAAUGUUUUAGUAGUGAUGUCAGCUGUAUUUUGGUCCAACAUUAAACAAAUAUUUUGUAUGUGUUUAUUUUCUAGUUUUUAAAAGACAAUGAAAUAUUUUCAGCUGUUUCACCC